AGUAAGAGGAAAACGUGAAGCUGGUUUCUCCCGGUAACCAGUUGACACGACAUUGUUUUUGAAAGAGAGAAGAGAUUGAGAGAGACUAGAGAAGACGACUAGGUCUGCUCUAUUCGCUGCGAGACCUAUACCUGUUACUUUCUCCUCGACGGAUUCCUCUUCUGCUCUAAAAAGGAUCAGAGGAGAUUCAAAGGAGGAUGCUAUAGCUGAAGAGAAGGUUUGCUAUAGCUGAAUCACAAGUUAGGUUUUUGAUCUUUUGGAUAUGGGAAUGGACUUAGCUGAUAAGGAGAACACAAGCCCACCUUUAUUUGAAUUCUGCAACUGCUACAAAGUUGCAACCCUCACCCAAACCAUUCUCAACCCGGUCAACGUCUCCAGCUUAAAAGACCGUUACGUGCUUGGGGAACAGUUAGGCUUGGGUCAGUUCGGUGUGAUCAGAGUGUGUUCUGAUAAGUUCACUGGCGAGAGGCUUGCUUGCAAGUCCAUCUCUAAAGAUAGACUUGUUACGCAGGAGGACAUGAAAAGCAUCAAACUCGAGAUUGCCAUCAUGGCUAAACUAGCUGGCCACCCGAACGUUGUGGAUCUAAAAGCGGUUUACGAGGAGGAGGAUCACGUGCAUCUUGUGAUGGAGCUUUGUGCGGGAGGUGAGCUUUUCCACAAGCUUGAGAAGUAUGGAAGGUAUUCGGAGGUUCGUGCCAGGGUGCUGUUUAAGCAUUUGAUGCAAGUGGUGAAGUUUUGUCAUGAUAAUGGUAUUGUCCAUAGGGACUUGAAGCCUGAGAACAUUCUCAUGGCUACAGUGGCUUCUUCCUCUCCUAUUAAAUUAGCUGAUUUUGGUUUGGCGACCUAUAUAAAGCCAGGAGAGAAGUUAAAUGGGACUGUUGGUAGUCCGUUUUAUAUAGCGCCCGAAGUGUUGUCAGGGGGGUAUAACGAAGCUGCUGAUGUAUGGAGUGCAGGGGUUAUUUUGUACAUACUUCUCAGUGGAGUGCCUCCCUUUUGGGGAAAGACUAAGUCAAAGAUUUUUGAUGCUGUCAGGGCAGCAGAUUUGAGGUUUUCUGCAGAGCCGUGGGGUAAUAUAACUUCAUACGCCAAGGAUUUGAUCCGCGGGAUGCUUUGUGUUGAUCCUUCCCAGAGGCUAACGGCUGAUGGUGUUUUAGCUCACUCUUGGAUGGAGGAGUUAUCUGAGCCAGGACAAGAACAAUAUGGUCGAGAUGGGGUUGGGUGUGAAGGGUUGGAGAGUGGUGGAUGUUCUUUCUCCACAGAGUAUGUUUCUCGGGAGCAAGACUAUAGCUUUAGCAUGGGGCAGUUAGAGGAAUCGAUUGAUAAUGAUUGUAGAUCAUCGUUCUCCUCUUUCUUACCUGCGGUUAACAGCAACGUACCGCCAACUUCUGGUUUUGGUGGGUUUUCUUUUGAUGGGGAACAACUUGAAUCAGAACUCCCAUCUAUGCCAAGCUUUACCUUCUUUAGUCCGAGUCCAUCGACAACACAGAACAACAACACUCAUGAGACAGAUGAGAAACUUGGAGACUCAAGCCCAAAGAGGUUACUGCCAUCUCCAGAAUCUUCUUCACAACUUGAGAGGGGUGAGGAAGCAGGUGAGAGUCAGACAGAAGCAGCAGGAGGAAAGACAGAGACAAGAAGGGAAAGAGGAAACUGGUCAAGGAUAUCAGGUCUGCACAGCAAAAGAAACAGGACCAUAGGAAUAGGUGAGCUAGACCAGUUGGUGGUGGAUGUUGCAGUCACUGAGUCGAUAAUCCGAUGGGCAUCUUGCACCCAUAUUCCCACGGCUCCAUCUCUCACAUUGUCACUUGUCUGCUAGUAACGAAGAAAACUCUUUAAGAGCAUUAAUUAUUCUCUGUACACAUCUGAUUUUGGUCUUGUUUUGUCUUUGUUCUGUAGUAAAGAUCUUUCCAUGAAAACUGAUCCAACUGUGAAAACAACCGGAGAUGUGUUAGAAAUAGAGUGUGGUUUGGAUUUAAUUUAGAAAAAGUUAUUGCUUGUGAUUAA